AUGUCUGACUAUGGUUCUAUGCAUGUAUAUGCACGAGGACGCAUCGUGCAUAACUCCAAAUCAAAAAAUAUAUAUGAUUCAACUUUGUCUCUUCUUGUGAUAAUGCAAUUGGAAACCAUCGAAACCACUCACAAAGAAAAGCCUCAAGUUUCCAAACGAGAUAGAGGGCGCCGCGUAUGGUCAUUGACAGCUAGCGAAGAAAUCGUUCUCAAACAAUGCACCGCUCACUAUUUUAAACUUUGGGGAUACGACCAAAAGUUGUCAUUAAAAGAUAUUGAGAAUCCCAAAACUUUUGUUAGUUCUCUCGAGGCUUCUGGGAAUGGUCGUAUAGGACAUCUUACCAAGAGCAUUUUCAUGGAUUGUGACACCGACGAUUUGAACGAUGUGGUGGAACCUAUACCCCCAGAACUUCGUCGUAGUUUUCUGUCAGUUUAUGAUAUGGAAGUAUGGCUUGAAGGAACAUCGACCAACGGUGAGUUUAUUUCUGUGGAAAGAAAAGAUUCAAACAGCUCGAACAAACCAGAUCUUAAAGAUAUUCAUCCCAAGCUUCGUCGGUAUAAUGCUGGUGGACUCCAGAGACAAUUUAUAACAUGUCUAAGAAACGAUUUACCCGACAAUUUGCUUCUUCGGUUCGUCACUGCUAACAAGUUCAAAGUAGUUCCGACCAUUGAAAUGGGUGCAAAAACGUUAUCAUGGCGAGGAAAACUGCAUCCAGUUGAUUCUUGGUUGGUUUCUGGUGACGCUGAGCCAAGUUUGAACAAUGAAAAGCCCCAAUUUGUCUCUGCGUUCAAAAACGGUCAGGUUUACGUUCGAGGAGUUGACAAGAAAGGGUGUCCUAUUUGUAACAUUCAGGUGAAAAUCCACUAUCGCCAGGAUUGUCCAGACCGUGAUUUCGAGAGACUUGUGUGUGUCUAUAUUGAGUGGAUGAGAUUGAUGGUAUCUGCGUUUCAAGACGAUGUGGACACAGGAACCAUUCUCUUUGAUAUGACAGAUAUGUCCCUCAAGAAUCUAGAUUUGGCAUUUGUCAAGUUUGCUGCGACUGCUUUCAAUUACAAGUAUCCCGAGUGUAUCAAUCUCAUUAUCAUUCACAAUGCCCCGAUGGUAUUUUAUUUAUUUUGGAAACUCAUCAAAUCUUGGGUUGGUCCUGAUUUGGAGGCUAGGAUCAAGUUCACUCGUACGUACCAAGAUUUGACCGAAUUUAUCAAUCCUGACAACAUUCCUAAACGCUUGGGUGGUGAGGAUGAUUAUGAAUAUCACUAUAUUGAACCAACUUUGGAGAACAGUGCUAAAAAACCAAUCGAUAGUAGACACCUGGGCCUCAGGGAGGAAAGAAAGGAACAACUUAUGUUGUGGAUCGUGGUUACUGUACAAUGGCUCGAGGCACAAACGUCCAAAGACAGUUUGAAAUACUUGAAACAAAAAGUAAAAUUGGGGUUGGCUCUUGCAAAGAAUUAUAACAAACUUGAUCCAUAUUAUCGGUUCCGAGGAAUAUGUGACCGUUUAGGUGUACUUGACAAACUAAAGUAUUAG